CACAUCCGGACACGCACUUGCGAGCUGGCAACGAAGAAACUUCUUGUUUUGAUUAACUUUAAGACAGAAAACGCAUUCAUAAUGUCAGGAAAUGGCAGAGGAGCUGCAAGAAACCCAAGCAAGUCGCCUCCAUUUCUAAUUAUUGGACUUUUAGUGGCUUUAGCCAUCUUAGGGUUCAAUUAUUGGAAUUUAUCAUCAUCAAACGGAUCCCUAAGUGCCACAAACAUGGAUUUACAAGAUCAGAUCCGGAUUUUGACCUCGAAAAGAUUGAAUGAAGAGCAAAGUAAAAGAGAUAUUGAGAGAAAAUACCAAUUAAUUGAACAAAGAAUUGCCACUAAAGAUUCUGAGAUUAAAAAACUACAAGAAGACGUUGAUAAAAAGGGCGGUGAUGUGGAACGAGCAGAGAAUUCAAAGAAAGAGUGUGAAACAAAUUUGCAACAAUGUGAGACUAACAAUUCUGGUAUCCAAUCUCAGUUAAGUGCAGUCAAAGAUGAAGUUGAUAAACUUAAAAGUCAACCUGCAGCUGCUUCAACACAGAACUGUGACAGCCAAUGUAGAGAACAGGUUAAGAAGUUAUAUUCAGAAAUGUUCCAGAAAGUUGGAGCAGCACCUAUGCAACAGUUGAUCAAUUCUGGGAUUGAUAUUGGAGAAGAUUUGAAGAUCCAAGUACAGCAAGCAGCAGGUGCAGGAGGUCAGAAGCAGAUUCAGCCUCCAAAUGCAGGGGAACAACCAGGUCAACAACAACAACCAGCUCAGGAACAACCAGCUCAACAACAGACAGCAAAAGAACUAGAAGCAGAGAAAGAAGGAUCAGAAGGACAAGGUAAGAAUUCUGCUCCAACAACUGGAUUAGUAAACAGUUUAGUAGGCUUAAAGGACAAGCUAAAAGAGGGAGUACAAUCCCUCUCUCAGGAAACAAUUAAACAAGGGCUUGAAACCCUGAAAGAAAAAACCGAUCUGAAUAAUAUUGCUCAAGAUAAAGUGAAAGAGGGAUUGCAAUCCUUGUCUGAGAAAGCUGGUCAACAUUUGCAUGAAAUCCUUAAUCAGACCCAAGAAGGCAUCAAACAAGGCCUUAAAAAAUCCCAAGAAAUAGCGGGGCUUAUAUAUGGAGGUGAGGGGAAAUUGCAUGAUUCAUCUAACAAAACUCAAGACAUAAGUGAAAACAAAAAUAACACCGUUGUAGGAAAGGACAACCUUCUACAACCAAACACUAAGGUAAAUGGGACUAACCAAGAAAAAGGUCAGAACAAAACUGAAGGAGAGAAUGCUCAGAAAUCUGCAGGAGAGGCAAAUGUCAAAGAAAUGGAGCAAGGAAGUAAAAAGGCUGGGGGAGAAGUUAAAACCACCGAAUCAUCAAAAACUGUACAAGGACAAAAGGAUGGUGUACAGAAUGAGAAAGAGAAUGUUGCCAAGACUGUUAAAGAUGAUGAUGCUGGAUAUGAUGAUGAGGAUGAUGGCAAAGAUACAGGGGAUAAGGUGGAGGCAAAUAAAAACAUGAAAUUUUCACCUAAAAAGACAGACGAUGACAGUAUCGAUGCUUUGAGGAGGAAUUUGAAUACACAAUAGAAAACAGUAAACAAGGAAUCAGCAUAAUACUAGAUACCAGCUACCACAUGAUUGAAAUUUGACUAAUAUGAUCUCAUUGUGUAAUUUUGUAAAUAACACAUCUCAGUGAAACAUUCCAAGUUUAGGAGAUUUAGAGUCUUCUGGUAACUCACUAAUUGAGAUUUGUUUCAUUAUUGUAAAAAAUAAUGUCUUUCCCUGUAAAACACAUUGGGAAAGAUGUUUUUUAGAUGAAGAAUAUUUUGAUAUUCAAUUUGUUUGUGAAAGACAUUUUUUAGAUGAAGAAUAUUUUGAUAUUCAAUGUUUUAAUGAACGAAUUUAUUUCUUCUGCAUAGAAGUAUUUGAAUUGCUUUCUGUCAAAAUAAGUGUUAUUCUAGCCUUUAGAAUGAAUGAUAAAAGUAAACAUACAAAAAUGUUUACUUAUAUAUUAAUUAUUAACAAGACUUCAAUGUUCAACUUAGCAUAAUUACAAUAGUUGAAUAUUUUUUGAAUGAGAUGUUUGUCCUUUUGGUGCAUGCAUCGAAGUACCUUAGCAAUUGCAGAAGAAAUUAGAUUCAUUUUCAAUAUCAUAUUGAAGAGAUAAAAGCCUUAGUGAACAAGCUUGGUGCAGAUUCAUUAACGAUCCUAUUUAAAAAAAAAUACACUUUAAAUUGUCAAAGAAAGGUGAUUUCAGUGUGAUUAAUUCUGAAGCACAUAUAUAAAUGUAACAAUUGUGUGAUUAUCAGUUCCCCAGAGCAAUAUCAGUCUAAUCCCCCAUUUCAGCAGAGAAAACAAAUCUGUUCUCCCUCUUUCACCUUAAUUUAGUUAUAAUAGUCAGUGACUUUUGAAAAUCAUUCUCUUGUAAGGAUUUUAUGUGAGAUAGAUAUUAUCUAUCAUGCUGUGUGAAGCAAAUUUGAAAAUAGGUUUCACUUAUCAUUCUUUGUCAUGCUAAAUUGAGAUAAAGUUAGCUAUGAAAGUGAAUGCAUUUUCAAUAACUAUUAUUGUUUCCAUUAAAGCUUAAUUUAAAAUCUGUGAUAUUCGUUGUAAUGAAGACUCUGCAUCAAGCUUGUCACGUGGGCUAUAAUUUAUUGCUUUGUUCUGAUCAUGUCAUAAUAUCUUGUUCUCUUCUUACAGGAAAACAGCUUUUUGGAUAACUUUUUUGUUGUUGAAAAUUAAGAAAAGUUAUUAUCAUUUCUUUUGGUUUUAAUUGAUAUAUUUUCAAAGACAUAAACAAUACAUAUACAACCAUCAUUGAUAACUGCUUCUACAUCCCAUCUUUUUAAUCAUACUUUUGUUCCAACUUUUCUGAUUAAAUAAAGUUAAAAAAAGAAAUUAAUAACUAAUUAAGUAUCGCUUUUAAAUUAUGAGAUUUAAGAAUUUUUUUUUUAUCAGAAGUGAACAAGAAUUAUAAAUAAAAAAAUGACUUGGCUUAUAUAUGCAGCAUAAGUAAUGUGGCCUAUUAAUUUGUACAAACAAUGUAUCUAGUCUUUGCAAGAAUGUACGUUGCACAGGUUAAAAAGUUGUGAAGUAAGGGAGACAAUCCUUGGUUAAAUUUGGUGAGAAGUAGUUGCAGCCAGGGUAUAAUCAGUUCCCUAAUUUGAGCAUUGUCCUUUCUUACAAAGACUAUAUUGGUAAAUUAAUAAGUCAAUGUGAAAUUAGUUUUUAUAUUUAUUGUGUAUUUAAGUUAUCAAAAUGAAAUAUCGUGGGCAUAAUGUGUAUUUAAUAACCAUAUAUAAUUAGUCUUCUAUUUUGGGGUAAUAGAAAAUUUUAUAGGUUUAAAAAAAAAAGAUUUUGAGUAGUCAAGAGUCAUGAAUUCUUAGAUUUAUGUAUGUUAUUUGCCUAUUAAGUGAUUUUUAUAGCCAUUGACUACAGUUUAUGUUAAAAAUUGUAUUUUGUUUUUGAAAGAGAAAAACAAAUUAAAAUGAUAUAAAGAUAACAUAUCAGUGUUUUGGGGUAUUUCUCUAGUUCAGUUUAUAUAUAUGCAAUUCAUUGUUGUAGAUAUGUAUUUGAUGUACUAAUUGUGUAAAUUUUUCUUGUAUUUAUACCAUGUUUUAAUGGAUGUUGAUCACCAUAAGAACUAACAUUUCUCAAAGAAACAAAGUAUCAAAAAAAUUGAGUCGCUUCAACAAUUGAUGGAAUUAAAUGUUCUUCAACCUUGGAAAAACUCAGAAUAUGUGAUUCAGAGGAUUGUAAUGUAUAGAAAAUGUUGUAAUAUACAUAGCAUUGUAUCAAAUACGUAUCAUUAAUGUAUCAAAUGUUAGAAAAAAUGGUUCAUCUAUUGAACAAAAAUCUUUUGAAUACUAUAUACAGAAUCUUGGACUUAAACUAUGCAUUUUCCUGUAAUUUUGUGUUAUAUGUUAAGUUGUUUGUUUAUAUAGUUAUUUUUAUAUUCUGUGUUAGUGGAUAUUUGAUUGUGAUAUAUUGUAAAGUCCCUUCAAUCCCCCUCCCAUCAAGCCCCUCACAAUUUUUUUUUUAUUAUUUCACUGUCUUUUUCAAAAUUUAAUUCACUUUCACAUAAGCAUUUGAAAAAUAGUAAAAAUCCGAUUUGAUUUAACCAAACAUUAUGCAGAUUGAAUGAUUGUUUAUACUUAUUGACUGGGUAUGAGUGGAAUAGUUAGUUUAUUGUCAUCGAGAUGCAACUAUUGCCCUGAGGCGAAGUCGAGGGCAAUAGUGGUAUCCAAGGGGACAAUAAACUUACUAUUCCACAAAUAUCCAGUCAGUUAGUGUUUUAUUAUACCGAAAGAGACAACAGACAAUAAAUGACGGAGCUAAAUCAACUAUCGUAAUAUAAAAAGCAAAAACCCAACCAUACUGUUUAAUGUUUACUUCAUAUAUAUUCUGUGAUAUAUUCCCGCACUGACGUCAACCCAAGAUACAAUGGGUAAAACGCAACGUCGUAACUCCUGCCGUAUUCUCAAUCCUCCAAUCCCAUAGCUGCAGUUGAAAUUCUGCCAAAUAUAAUGAGGCUUGCGGUCAAAUAGUUUCAUCGAGGGCAAAUAGUUGGAAACUAUUGACCCGUCAAAUAGUUCAACUCUUGCAAUUUGAAAAAUAGUGAAAAUAUUGUGUACUUAUUUUAUAUAGAAAAUGAUAACUGAGGUAUACUAAUAGACAUUAUUUCAAAUUUCAUCAGAGAAAAAAAAAGGAUAUAAGAAUAUAGGCAAAUCUUAUUUCUUAUUGUUUGCUGACAUACACCCAAAAUAUCCUUUUGAUUUAAAGGGGAAACAGAUUGUUUUCUUUUUGUGCCUUUUUUUUUUUUGUUGGGAAUUUUUUUUAGUAGGUGUAAGUUACAAAUGCCAACUGAAUCAGGUUUUUUUUUGCAUCCAUUUUCAAUUUACUGCUUUUCAACAGCACAAUCAGAUUACAGUAACUGAAAUUUUAAAAUAUACUCUGACUGAAAUUCAUUUAUGUUUUGAUAUGCUAAUGAGAAAACCAGAAAUUUCUAAUAUAUAUGAAAAAGGAUAUGUGUUAACAAAGACCACAACUAUUUAGCAGAAAAAAUAUUGUCCAUCAUCAUCAUAUAUUUUAAGGAGUAAAACUCCUGCUCUUUUCACCUUCAGUCACAUUUCAGUGGUUAAUUCAUUGUCAUUCCAUUCAUAUUGUCUCAAAUUACUGACCAGAAAGCGAGAUUUAAUCUUUGUAUGGUAUUGUUAUUGUUAUUGUAUGAGAAGAUAAAAAUACAUUCCAUAUUUUACAGUGUCUGAUAGCUUACGAUAUAAACUGUAUUAAAUACGAAGUAUAUUUGCCAUAAAAGAAAAUGUAAAAUAUUGCAAGAGUUUGCACCUGGAACAUUUUUAAGGUUAUUUACCACUUAAUCUUAAAGGGUAAAAUCUUUGACCUUUCAGGAAAAUUAUGCUAAACAUUGGAAUUGUACACUAUUGAUCCAAACAUGACUGUUUUUCAGUGUCGUUGUUUCAGAUUUGUAUGAUUUAAUUAUAUCUUUACCUCAUGAUCAGGUUGAUAAUGUAUUAUAUCUUCCAUUUUUUCACGGAUAAAGCAAAUGCCAUAUUGUGUUUCUACAAACUUUUAUAUUGUAUGAAAACUGAUGGUUUCAUAUUAACUGUUAAUAAGAGAUAUGAAUGCAGAUUUUGAAAGUUUUUGUUAACAGACUAGAAAAUUAGUAAAAUAGAAUAUUUUUUUUAUCAAAAAUGCUUCUUCCUAAAAAAAAACUAUAUCACUUUCAUCCAUAUGGCGUGAAACUUUGUACCUGCUGCCUAUUGAAAUCAAAGUAACUUUUUAAGGCUUUUUAAAUAUAAGUAGCAUAUAUUAUAAGUGUAUGGGCAUCAGUUGUAACUUUUAAUGUUUGUAAUUUGAAAUGGAUUAAGUAGCAUGUAUUACUCUUUCUUUUAUGGGGUUUUGUUGCAAAAAAAUUGGAAGACUGCUUUUCAUUUUUCAUACAUUUAACAUACUGCCAGCCUGCUCUUUUGAUUUAAAUAUGAUAUAUUAAUAUUUGUUUUCAACUGGAAAAUAUUUCAAUAGGAUUAUUAAAACGAUUAUGCGAUACAUUUAAUCUUUUAAACCAUGUUUUUAUUCACUGAAACCUUACUAAUAUUCAACUCUUGUCUAAAAAAAAUCAUUUGCUCAAUGUGUUAAUAGAACUACUACAUUUUAGAGGAUAGAAAUACAAUUUGAAACAUAUCUCUUCUUCUGCAUCUCAAUUAUUGUUAAUUUAAUGUCACUAUUUUUACAGAAAAUUCAUUAUUAUCUGUAAUGAGAAUCAUUGCUAUUUAGAAAGAGAGAUAAACAAAUUGUUUACAUUUUGUAUUGUUUACCUCAGAACUUACUUUUUAUUGAAAUUUUAGGAAUAUUUAUGUCUGGUUACAAAAAUACUUCUUUAUAUAUAUUAGUUCCAUUCAUUAUUAUUGUUAGUGGAUGCUUCAUUUGGCAGAUAUACCGGUACACAUACUGAUAUUUAUUUAUGUUAUCAUAUUUGCUACAUGGGGAAAUCCAUUUGUAUUGUAUUCAUUUGUGGGUUGAAUUUUAUUAUAUUUUUUUCACUGAAUAUAGAAGACAAUAAAACUUAAUGGUUGA